CUAAAAGUACGAUAGAAACAAAAUCUAGGGGAAGGACAGAUAGCUCUGUAAAACAUUUUGUUACACCACGUAGAAAAUAUGCUUUUCCAAAUUAUGGGGGUUUGGAGAUUAAUAAGUUCGGUAGAACUUUAUCCCCGGUCUGCGAUGAAGAUUUGUUUCGUAGGGGGUGGUUGUUACAAUUGUGUCGUUUGUUGCUGUUCAUCGCAGUCGGAAACACCGUUCAGUGGCGAGUAGAGCGAAAUUUUAACUGUGCAUCGUGGUAGUGGUAAAAAUUAGCUGAUUUUGUUGCGCUCUAGCUACCGUGUUCAUAACUAUACGCCGCUCCUGCCGUUGCGUUGCCGGUUCGUAGACACUGUGACAGAGGAUUUUCGUUCUUAGGCUACGUUCGAAUUACGGUUUACCAGACACGUUGUUCGGAGUUCGGAAUGAAUAAUCGCGUGUGCGUUGUGCGAUUUCCGCAGCGCAUGUCGAUGUUUCGUUUGUUUGUCACAUGACAAGGUUUGUAAACACCAUUCAGUUUGAUAUUUGACAUUAAUUUCCAACAUGGCGUGUACUGUUAUCAGUGAUAAACACUAGAAGUGCCUCAUGCAGAAUGCUGGACAACAGUAUGGCCAAGGAGGUGCGUCCUCCCACCAAGCGGCACCUUUCGGCGGUCACACAGAAACCACAACAUCUAGUGGAAGUAUAACGAGCUCCCUUCGUCAAUUCAGAAGAAAAAAUGAAGAUAAACAGUCUCACAGUGAGAAUAAUACUACUUCAGCGCCAGCCGAAGCUCAUGUAGCGAGGGUGGCGCCUCACAGUCACUACCCACCUAGGUCAACCACUGAGUGCUACCGGUAUCCCUCCCAGUAUCCAGAUUAUGGAUUACAACAACAGCCUGUAAAAUACUCCGAGAUCUCCGAACCACACGCUCAAUUGCAAGACCACUUAACGCCGUCAGUUAUUCAGAAAGCUAAAACCAAAGAGUAUAUGGAGAUGUGUAACGUUCAACAGCAGCACAUGAAACCUUCGUACGACCACCUCAAUGGCCAACAAACUUACCCCGAUGCAAAUGUUCACCCGCAUACUCAAUAUCUUAACAAAGAUUCACAAGUUCAUCAUGGAUACAAACCAGAAUCUCAAUAUUACUCCAAAGAUCCACAAUACUCCCAACAACAUCUUCCUCAUCAAAUUCCCAAAUAUCCGCAAAUGCCGUCUCAAGUUCGGAAGUACCCUCCAGGGAACGAUUUUCUCUCAAAAUUACAACGAAUCCAUCCCACUAUGGCCAGAUCCAUAAUGACUGACCACCAUCUCCAGGAGUCCCAAUCAUCCUAUCAAGCAAUGGAUCAGAACCGAAUGUAUCCAAUUCAAAACCAGAGAUAUAUUAAUUACCCUUCGGGAAUGCAGAAUAGCGCUUACAGCCACGGAUACAUGCCUUAUUCAAAUUAUCCUGCCAGUUGUAGUUACAAUAGACCACCACAGAUGGCUCCGAGGUUUCCACCCGCGAAUCCUCAUGAGAGGAGCAUUUCGCCUAGACGGGGUUAUCCAGAUAAUAUGGGGAUUCCCAUGAAUUACGGUGGGAUUACCUCUCAGAAGAUUUCUCCGAAUUACCCGCAAUACAAUGCUCCUGAAUAUGCUCAACAUUACCAACACAGGAGAGCUCAGAUGACACAGGAAUACUAUCAGCAACAUUGCAGGCCCAACCAAUACCUUCCACAUCAAAUGCCUCCACAAGAUAUGUCAGAAAGUCGUGUAACAGUCUCUGACAGCAUAAAACACUAUAUAGAGAAUUGGGCAGACGAAGAAACAGCUUCAGAAAUGAACCAAAUGGAGAAUUCUAGGUUAUGUAAAGAUAAUAUUAGAGGAAGAGAAGACCAGUCAACAGAAACUGUUUAUAUGAUCAACGCUUCUGAACUCCAAUAUUUAGAAAAUGAAAUGGUAACUUCUGAGAAUGGUGUACCUGUACCUGUGGUGGCCUCUGAAUCAGGGCAGUACAUAAUAAAGAGUGGGGUUUCUAUAGUAAACGGACAAGAAAUGGUGAGGAUUGUGGAAAAAACGGGUCAAGUAGAAAUCGACCAAAAUGGAGAACGAGUAGUAAACCUGCAUAUCAUGGAUACAACCAAACCAGAUUGCAUGCUGGCGAAUAAACCAAAUGAAUUAAACCAAAGACAAAUACAUGAAACCUCUUACCCAGUGGGAGAGAAUCCACGCGUAGUGGUCCAUCAAAAUACAGUUAUAACUGCUGGGGUACCAAAUCUUAAUGUACAAAAAGAAUCAAUUGAUGCACCAGACGAUCCUAUCAAAAUAGGGACCAGUUUACCAAUAAUAACAGACACUCUAGAAGAGGAGCUCAAGCGAACUAUUAUAAAAGAAUGUAGAAAAGAAAUGGCUGAUAAAAAUUGCUCACCUAUCAAUUUAGACCAGUUAGAACAAUAUGAUGAAACAUGUCAAAAGUCUUUAGAAAACAGCUUAGUAGAAGAAAUUGCCAGUAUACAAGAAUUGUCUGAUUCGCCAAAAGAUAUUUCUUUCAUAGACGCUCAUCUUAGAAAUGAAAAUUCAAAGACUGAGAAAGAGGAACAACAAACUUCUACUCUAGAAGUCGAUGAUCCUCACAAACACAUUGACACUCUCUUAGGGGAUACUAUUAAUAUAUCAGAAGCAAUAGAAGUCCAAUCAGAAGUUUUGUUAGAAACAAAAACAGAAAUCGUUGCCAAUAAUGAAGAAAAUGAUGUUCAUAAACAAACAGAAAUUCCAGAUACUUUACACAUAUCUAAUAAAGAUAACAUAGUACAAGAAGAAAUGAAAAAAGAUGAGACUGAACUUGAAUCAAUUACUAAUGAAUGUGAACGUCAAGAAAUUAGUCAUACUAAUAAUAAAAAUAGAGAAAAUCAAGAAAAUAACAUUGGAGAAACUAUGGAUUCCCAAAACCAACCCGAUGAGAUAAAAUCUAAAGAAGGUGAAAAAACUAAACAAACAGAAAAUCAAAAAGAAAUUAUUAUUAAUAAGGAAUUAAAACAAAAUCAGGAAGUAGCUGAAAGCACGUCUAAAGAAAAUAUUCAAGAAAUUGAAAAUAAGCAAAAUUCCAACAAUACCGUCAUAGAAAAAAAUUCAGACUUAAAAGACUGCUUAACUCAACCUUCUGUAAAAAUUGACAAGACUCUGAUUAGGAGGAACAGAAGAAUUUUUUCUGUUGACGAUAUCAUAAACAACAUUGGCAAAAGACUAAAACAGUCCGAUAAUAGCGAUAAUAUUUCAAGACGAUUCAGUUUGCAAACUACUAAAGAAUUUCUAGAUAAAGAAAGCAAAAACAUAUUUAAACUUGCUGAAUUUGUUCAACAGAAAUCGGAUGUUCCGAUAAAACAAGCAGAAGAAAAAAAUAUCUUAAAACAAGAUGAGCAAGAGAAAGAUGAUAAUCAAAAAUUAUCCAAAAAUUACGUUAUUGAAGAAAAAGUAAUUAAUGAAUGUUUAAAAACUUCAAUUAUUGAUCCAGAUAUUAAAGAUGAUGUUAUAGAGGAAAAAAUAAAUAAUGAAUGUUUAAAAAUUAAAAAUAAUGAUGCAGAAAUUAAAAGUAACGUUGCAGAUGAAACAAUAAAUAAUGAAUGUUUUAAAAUUAAAAAUAAUGAUGCCGAAAUUAAAAGUAACGUUGCAGAUGAAACAAUAAAUAAUGAAUGUUUUAAAAUUAAAAAUAAUGCCGAAAUUAAAAGUAACGUUGCAGAUGGAACAAUAAGUAAUGAAAGUUUACAAAUUUUAAAUAACGAUGCUGAAAUUAAAAGUAACAUUGUAGAUGAGAAACUAAAUAAUGAUGUAGAAAUUAAAAAUAAUGAUAGAGAAAUUAAAAAUAAUGAUGAAGAAAUUAAAAAUAAUGAUGCAGAAAUUAAAAAUAAUGAUGCAGAAAUUAAAAAUAAUGUUACAGAAAUCAAAAAUAAUGUUGCAGAAAUUAAAAAUAACGUUGUAGAAGAAAAAAUAAACAAGGAUUGUUUAGAUAUGACAAAUAAUGAUGCAGAAAUGAAAAAUUACAUUAGAGAGAAAGAAAUAAACAACGAAUUUUUAAAAAUUUCAAAUACAGAUUCAGAAAAAUGUAAGACACCGGAGAUUCAGAUGGAGGUAACAACUGAAGAUUUCGCAGAAGGAAAAAUAGCUGAAAAAAAUUGUAAUUACGUUAACUCACUACAUAACACAAAAGAUGAUAUAAUAAUUCACGAUAAAGUAUCUGAUGAAGAUGUUUCAACCCAAGAAAAUGGCUCGCUUUGUUCAGAAGAUAAAAGCAGUUUUGUCAAAGAAAAAUUAAUAAAUUCUGAACCAAUAAAUGAAGAAGUUACCUUGGAAGAUAACGUUGAGGUUCCUGAAAAUAAUGAAAUUAUUACAGAAACUCCGAUAACUAAAGUUAAUAGUCAAGACACAAGUGAGGAAAUACCAAAAUCUUCGUCAGUUCUUAUUGAUCUUAAUAAAAAUAUUGAAAAUAAAGAAGUUUCAGAGUUAGAUGUUGAACCAAAAGAAAUCCCACUACCUAUCCAACCAGAAGUGCAAUAUCGACAUGUUAUAAGAGUAGAGGAGUCAAAUGUACUUCUUGAAAUCGCUGGCGAAUUAGUCGAAAUUAAUGUUAACAAUAUAAAUGGUAAAAAUGUAAUUACUGUUGUUCCACUAUCAGACACUGCUAUGGUUGAUUUUAAUGAUAACUAUGAAACCUACGAUAAUUCUGAAGCUACAGAUCCCUUAAUGUUAGACGAAGUACCAGACAAUACUGAACAUUUGGAAGCUGUAGAUUUUGUUGAAACUCCAGAACCUGAAGUAGUAGAGACCACCAGCGAGAUCAUAAUAGGAAUGGAUCUAAGCCUUGAGGAAGAGAUCAAGCUUGAUGUCGAACAACCCCCAGUAUUGUGUACUAAAGCUGCUAAAAAGGCAUAUGAUUGUGAUUUACAAAUUCCAUCUAUAACCACUAGCGAAGAUGUACUUAGAUCUAACAAUUGCACAUCUAAUGAUAAAGUCAGUUCAACCAAAACGAAAUCAAAAAUAAAUAAAAUUAAAAAUAAAACUAGCUCGCCAGAUUCGUCCAAAUCAUUCGAUUUGCGAAAACGAUUAGCGAAGAAAUGCGAUAAAAAGUCGUUAUUUAGAGAUCUCAUAGCUGCUAGAAAUCGAAAAAAGCUCAAACAAGAGCCAAGUAAAUCUGAAGAUGACGAUUUUGUUCCUUUCAAAGAAUUAGUAAGAGCUCGUAAGUUGAAAAAACUUAAGUUGUUAAAAAUGAAAAGAAAUGAAGAUUCUAGAGUGGAUUCGACCAUCAAAAUUGAUGAAACUCAUAAAGAAAGUGAAAUAGUUUUGGAACAAGACAAAUAUGAUAAUGAUAAAAUGAAGAUUACUAGGAAUCUCCAUCCAAUUUUGAAAGUGCCUUCUGAAGAUGAAGUUAAAUUAAACAAAACUGAUCCGAAAAAAUCCAGCAAUGAAGUUAAUCUAAAUGAGAAAUCAGAAACGAAAAUUCAACCAAAACCUAUAAGAGUUAAAAGGGUUUCUUUUGUUGAUAUAAACCAAGAAAUUGAACAACCGGAUGAUAAGGUGGUGGUCGAAAGAAAGCAAAGUGAGGAAAAAAUUAAAAGUGAGAAUUUUAAAUUAGAAGAACCUCGGGUACCUUCUCAGAAUGGUCUUUCAAAGCCUGCCCAAACAAAAAAGAAACUCAGCUUAGAAGAAUACAAUAAAAGAAAACGAAAACUACAGGAGCCUACUAAGCUGGACAAAGAAGAUAUUAAAAUAUUAAAAUUAGACAGAUUCAUUUCAGACAAUGGAAAAACUCCUGAAAAAAUUAAACCUCACCGCCCGAAAUCAUUAGAUGACCUCAAUACACUGAAAUCCAAAGAAUCUUGUUUAACUAAAAGAAAGUCAAGUGUUGAAUAUUCCCCAGUCAAACAAAAUUAUUUCGACUGGGAAGAAACUCAAUCGCCAAAAACGAACUUUUCUAAAGAUCAAGAUACUAAACUUAGCGAAUUUAAAGGUCUGAUAGGUGAAAGCAAAUGCAAGGCGAAAGUAGUCAUAGACGUAAAUGACUUCAAUCUUAAACCAAGCACGGAAAGUUCUGAAGACGAAAUUCUUCAAAACUAUAAAGUCCAAGUUGAAUCGAAGCUGAAUAAUUUAAAUAUUCAGAUACCCAGGCCAAAGCCUUUAGACAGACAAAUUGCAGAUCCGUUUACUAAAUCGGAAACUAACUGCUUAAUAGAUAGGUUCCUAAAAAAUGAGAAACUAAGUUCUGAAGAAAUGGAAAAGAUAAGGAAGAUAAUAUCUUACAAAAGACUGGUUCAGCAGUUAAAGAAGAUAAAAUCGCCAGAUAUUUCCAGUUCGCCCAUGAAUCCUGCCUGUGAAGUUCGAAACGAAAUGAGCAAAAGAGAAGCGAAGCUUCUGCUCAAAAAAGAUCAAGGUAAGAAGAAAACCCGAUUUCGAAAUUUGUACUCUCAAUCAGAAAGUGCAUCAGAAGAAGAUUUUAGGAAAGAAUCUAAGCGCGGGGAUUACUCGGUAGUUCAGUCGAACUGUUUAGCAGGGGUAGUGCCUAAAUUAAUCAUCAAGAGAAAGACUGAGAUGCCUCUACCCGUUGUAAGGCUAGAAAGGCUAGAUCUUGGUCUGCUUGAAGAUAAACAUAGCCGAUACGCCGUUUAGUGUUAUUUAAAAGGUUUAUUCAAAUUAUUUGACAGGUUUAUUUAAUAAUUCGCUAAAACAGGUUUACACGACAUUUUAAGGACGUCAAAGGCUUCUAAAAAGUAUAAUUUUUUAUAUACAUUGCUAAAAAGAUCAAACCUUCAGUCCUACUUUGCUUGUUUGGAAGGAAUAGUACAUGCAGAAAAAGAAACGACAUAGUAUCAAUGUUGCAAUUCACAGGUGGAGUCAUGUCAACGUCGAUACUACAUCCUUUCCUCUCCUGCACAUGCGAUCGCCAUUUACUAUUCUUUGUUCUUGUCAAGUAUGUAUACAGUAUGUAUAGAGAAUUAUUAAGAAAAAAUGUCAAGUGAUGUUCAUAAACCUUGUUAAUAGUGAUACAGGGACCAAAAUACCAAAGUAAGUUGUUAAUUGUUCCAAUUUUAUGUUUCUAGUUAGUUUUUAUAAAAAGUCUUAUCUAGGUUAUAAUUUAUUGUUUGGUUAUUUUUGGGUGUUGUUCUCAAAAUAGAGCUGAUAGAUGUGCAAAACUGAUCUCGAAAAUCUAACGCAUUCUAACAAUAUACAUUCCAGUUAAAAUAAUUUAUAGAAAUGAAUAUAGAUAUUUUUUAAUUUAAUGUACAUAGUAAAAAUAGGGAAUAUAUUUAACUUGCUUGAUUACGCUGGUAUUAAAACUGGUACAAUAGACGGAUAGUUAGCAAAAUAAACCUUUAUUGUAUCUUUUGAUUAUUAAAAACUAAAAGCGUUGAUGUGAUAAAACUGUGCCUGCAAAAAUAUUUGAUCGUUUUAUACUAGCACUAAAUAUCUAUAUUAUAAGAUAAAUAAGUUAAACUUUUAAUUUUUAACAAAUGUAUUUCUUGAGGAUUUUUGAUAAAAUUUCAUCAAAGAUCAUUUAAAAAUUGGAUACAGAUUAUGUUAAAAACUUACCUCAUAUACCGUUAUUAAUAUAAACAAAUCGCCCGCAAUUUCCUUAUCGAAAACGGCUUUUGGUCGAAUCUGCUGAAUUUUAUAUAUGUUUUUAAUUAAUUAAAAGUGUUCAUAGGUACAAAAUUCUCCCAUGACCAGUUUUUGAGAUACAGGGCGUUGAACUUGUGAAUUCUUAUGAUUUUCAAUAAUACUUAAGAAGUAAACAUUGUAAUUUUGCUGAGAUUUAAGGAAGCGUCCGUUAGUUACGUGAUGUGUCAUCCUUGAUGAGAUUUGGUAACAUGCAGUGGUAUCCCCCUCCCCUUCACGUGAGAUUUACCCUAUAAUUUUUAAAUCAUUUCAUUUAUUUGAUGUGCUCAUGUAUGCUUUAUACCUCUAAAUUUCUAAAGGUACCGUUUCGAAACGCGCGACAGACGACAGCAGAAGCGACGGCAAAGAAGACCAAAAACGGUCUCUUCAUGUCUGAACACAUGUAAUUAUAUGAAACACAUUUCGCAAGGCGCGACCAGUGCAAGAGACAGAAGUCGACGACAGAUAGAUCGGACUGGGGGUGGCGUUUGCUACCUGUCUCGCUUAGUCAUCGCUUGUAUUUCGAGGUAAUUAGUUGAUAUUUUAUAGAAAUGUUAGUUGCAAAGUUCUUUCGAUCUCUAUCCUGGGCAGUGUUGCAAGAUGAACAUUUGCUGGAACAGUAGGUGGGCGAAAACAGUAGAUUUUAAUACAGGGGGAAAUAAUUAUAAUUUGCAGUGUAGUAAAUAAAAAAAAACAAGUAUAUAAGAAACGAAAAAUAAACAUUUUUUUACCCAAAUUAGAAAGUAAACAAAGAAUAAAAACAAAUAAUAACAUUUUUAAUAUAUACUUAAUGUACGAAAACAAAAGUAUUCUGAAUCAGAUAAUUCAAAUACGUUGUGUUUGGCAUGCGUGUUCUUUGUUGCAUUUUAAAUAAAAACAUAAUGAUUAUCUUGAGGUUUUUUUUUAUGGGGCAAACCUACAAUAGUGACUGCUUAUUACGCUGCUUUUACUUCAGCAAAUUAACUAGAGAAAAUAUUCUUCGACCAUUUGCUGAAGAAUAAGGAAAACUUAAUAAAUUAAGAACAAAAUUUGCUAAGUUGGCGAAAACAGUAGAUUUCAUGCCUAAAACAGGAGAACAGAGACAAAAACAGGGGAUCUACUUAAAAACAGUAGGUCUGGCAAUACUGAUCGUUCCCUCGAAUGGUUGUCUGCGGUUGUCGUGUCGCCUGUCUCCUUGCUUCCCAAAUGUGUGAAGCGUAACGUAAGUGAAUCUGUCUCCUUUGCCGUCGCGUCUUUUGUCGUCUGUCGCGCGUUCCGAAAUGGUACCUUAAGACUUAAUACUGUGGUACAUAGUUUUCUGAAAAAUAAGAGGUCAAAAAUGAUACUACGUUUAAGGUGCACUAUAACUAAUUAAAUUAAAUUUAAUAAAAGUAAAAAAAAUCUAAUUCCUAAUUCAGUCCAUGAGCAUUUAUGUGCUAAAUAAAUGUCGUAAAUACUGAUAAAAUUUUAUAAACAGUAAAUAAAGUCGUCUCUCAUUGCGUAGACAAUAUUUAGUAUCACAUAACUGAAAUUCGACAAUUUUGUUAGAUAACUGCUUUUACCAGCAAACCGCAGAACUAUUAUUAAUACUUUGUAAACUCUGUAAGGUAUAUUUCAACUUUAUAUAACUUUUCACUCUACUUGUAUGAGAAGUAUAUAUAUUUUUGUUGAUGUGAUGUACUUGUUUGGGACAUAUAACGAUAUACAGAGGUAUUGUUAAAAUAGAGACACUCACUGAACUAACUAUUUGACUCAUCCCGUGUAUGUGUUUUUUGUUAUAAUAAUAAAGUAUAGUUUAAGUUAAUUAAUAAUCCAUUUAUUAUCAUUAUUUUAGGCGUUAAACGAAUUUUUAAACAGGCACUUUUUUAUACUUUAAUAUAAAAAAUUACUCACUAUAUGUUAGUCACAAAUAUCUUAGAAGGUCAAACCAUUAAGAUUUAUGAAUGUCAGGAAAAGGUUAAUUCUUUAAAUAUUUUUGAAAAUUGUGAGAAGUCACAAGUUCAACAUCCUGUAUCUCAAAAACUAGUAAUAAGAGAACUUUGUGCGCAUGUACAUUUUUAACUAGAAAGUCAAAAACUGCAACAUUUUAUAAAAAAUUCAGCUAAUCAACCGGAAGCCAUUUAACAUAAGGAAGCUGAAGAGUCCUUUAAAAGAGGUUGUGUCUUCUUUACAGUAUAUUUCCAUUAUCUUUAUUUAUUACUCCCAGAUUAUUUUUGACCUAUUAACCACUAUGGAAGAACAUAAAUGUAUAAUUUGUAUCCCAUUUUUGAAAUAACUUCAAAAUGUUGACCAUCUUUCAGUUCUAUUGGGGGACAUAUUGAUUUAUUUGUUUGGUGCAGAUAAUACUAUUGUUUAUUUUUGUUUUUGUUAGCAGAUUAUCUAAUUGUUCCUGAUAUUAAAAUAUUUAAUAGUCGUUAAGUUCGUACAUAAAUUUGACGUCAACAGUAACAUUCCUUAAUUUCAAAAUAGUCUGCAACUUUCUCUUUCAAUUCAUAGAUAUUUAUAUAAAGGAUGUCACAAAUAUCGCCAAUCGAAAUUUUAACUUAUACAUAUAUUGACCAAAUGGUUAAAAAUAUUUCUUCUUUUAAUAAAAAAUAUAUUAAUAUAAAAAGUAUUACGAAGAUUAACUCAUACAUUUUUACUUCAAAUUGUGUAAUCCCAAAUUCUUAUUAAAAAUAAUAAACUCGUAAUAAUUUUUAUAAUUUGAGAAACUAAAAUGUUACUGACCUAGAUUUGAAUAAACUUUUUUAAAAAAUGGCGACAUCUUUAUGUGACGAUUUAUUUUCUAGUAUGUUGCAGCUACAUUCAUAUGAAAGUACAAUUUGUGUUAGAAAUAUAUAUCUAUACAGAGUUUAAAAAUUGUUGUUUGAAAUAUAAAUAUAAAAAAAUAUUUUUCGUAAAAAUUUGAAUUGAAAUUUGUGCCGGAUUUGUUAAAUAUGCUGAGAAAUAAUUUAAUAGAUUAUAUAAAUAUAUUCCAUAUCGAUUUGAAAUAAUUGUUUUACAUUUAAUACAGGUAUAAAAAUUACCAUUAUUAUUAUUAUUUUACAAAUAUUUUCAUACAUUGAAUUUAUAAAUAAUUAUUUCAAAUCUUUCAAACCUCCUUUAUCUGUCUUAUCAGUCUUUGCAGAUCAGAUACAGUAUUAUAGUGGCCUUUCCCACGAGAGUGUAAUGUCUUUUUGGAAGUUAAAUUUACACAUUUUUAGAAUUUUUCACACGUUUAUAUCUACUUGUAAUUUACAAAGAUUAUGUAUUGUGCGUUCAAUGUACUUCAAGAUUUCUUUUUUUUUUUUGUUGGAAUGAACUAAUUGCAAAAGAAUUAAAAAUGCGAUUGCCUAAUGCUAAAAGUUUUGAAAAACAAGAAUGCCUUAAUAUGCCUUUAUUAAAGUUGAAAGAAUACGUACCUAUUUUGUUAAAAAAUCAUUUAAGCAUUGCCGCCAAAAUAUGUUUAUAUUAGACAUUAUUUUUACAAGGUACGUUUCUUUUCGCAUCGCUCUAUUUAAUAUUUAGUAAGAUUUUUUUAGAUGACAACAAAAUGUUAACAGUUCCAUCACAUGAACUCAUCCAACGGUUGUUUAAAUAUUUUUUGUUCUGUCACUGACAUUAUAGUUAGCUGCAAUUAGUUAUUAAAAUAUGAAUUUCGGGGCUAAGAUAAAUUGUUAUUUUAAAAUUUUGCCUUUGCUACGUUUGAAAAGUACCUCCUGGAGCGGAGUAGAGCUAGUAGAUUUUUUAGUCACGUGAUCAUCGAGCUUAUGUGGAUUAAAAGAACCGCUAUGGAUUUGUUUGUGUUUCCCGUUUUCAUUAAAAUAACAAACUUAGACCUUUCAUUUAAAUCAAAUUUGAUCUCUUGUCUCGUGGUUUUUGUUGCAAGUUGCAAAGUAAAGUUAAUAUUUAGCUUGUGGUAUUUUUCGCUUUUUGCUUUCGCUAGAAAAUAAACCAUGUUCUCAUUUCUCAUUUUUAUAAAUAUUUUUUGCUCUUAAUAACCAAACACGUAAAUAAUAUGAAAAAGAAUAAACUGCAACACAAGAGAAGGAACGUCGUCUGUACAUCUCAGAGAAGUACAUCCUUUGUAAAUUGUCACAUAAAUUACAUUUACUCCAAAAGCUCUAAAAUUUAAUUCGGAGUAAAUAGAUCUUACUCGACUUACCAGCUCUGCAUUAAAAGACCACGGAGAAGCCACAUCGAGAAGCCACAGAUGUAUUAAAAGAACGGCUUCGAGUAAAAAGAGAAAAACGAGGUACCUUUCAAAUGCAGCACUUAUCGAUAAACUGGCAACAAAAUACAGUAUAAGUAAGUAGAGUCCACAAAAGUAUAUUUCUUAUUGCUCAAGAAGCGGCACAGUUUUCAAAAUACAUUAAUUACUUAUAGCUGAUUUUUAUUAACUAAUGUGAAUAUAAGAAAAAUGGAAAUCAACAUAAGCAACUAGGUCUCUUAAUUUAACGAUUAAUUUAUACAGACAAUCAAAUUUUGGCAUAGAAUUUCGGUAUUUUAUGCAACUUAAAUAUGACGCUGUUAUGUUUAACAGUAUAUUUUUUUAUGAAAUAACCUUUUAAUCAAAAUUAUUAGGCUCUGCACUUAUAGUUUUAUGAUUUAGAAUUCUGGUUUUCCUUUUGUUCCAUAGUGAAUUUGUCAAGUCUCAUUUUAUUUUUGUUGUUUUAAUAAUUUUCAUUGAUAUCAGGAAUAGACGAGAAAAAAUACAGGUUGUAAUUUGACACAAAAUGAAACAUUAUUUUAAGGGGAGGGGUAAGGUUAAUUCGUGCAAAAAAAAGGCACAUUUUUGUGAAUUUUUCUUGACACAUUUAAAAAUCUGUUUAUUUAAACUAAUGGUACAUUAAACUAUUACAUUCAAAGAAUAUUGUGUCAAAUUUUCAUGUAGAAAUAUUAAAAAAUACGGUAAUGGCAGAAAUUAUUCGGAUGCGUCUCGGAAAAAAGUAGAAUUGCGGUGCCCCUCCUAACUCGGUGCUGGUUCAUCAGACAUAAAAAAAUUAAAGUUCUCUCGUUACAUAAUCGUUUUCCCCAGGUAACGCUGGGAGGGUUUUUCGAAAUUUCAAUUUUUCACUUUUUGAGAACACUGAAGUAAAAAAACGCGAUUCUUGCGAAAAAAAUAGGCUAAUUUGUUAUCAUAAAAUAACAAAAUAUUAACAAAUUACCUCGUAAAUUAUGUACAGAAAUAGUGUUCAAAAUGAUAGGUGCAGUAGUUUUGAGGUUAUGAGGGGCACCGACUUUGGAAACGUGAGUUGUGGGAAAAACGCUUUAAAGUUUUAAACACUAAAAAAUUUGGAAUAAAACGUUUAUAAGCGAGUUUUAUUAGCUUAUCUCACACUGAAUCAUCGAUGCCAGGUCCAUAAAAGAUGUUGCUUUCAUUCAUGAUGUCUAAAGCAUCUUUUUGCUCCUGUCUACGACGAAUCCUCAUUCAUGAGCGCUUGAUCCACUACUGAUUCCCAUGUCUUGCAUGUAUGGUUAGUAAAGCAAAAGAACAUGCCAGGCCAAUGCUACACUAAAUUAUAUACAGUACAGUUAAAAACACGUUUAUACUUGUGGUAAAAUUUCUAUAAAGAAAGGUAGGAGGUAAGGUUAGGGAUUAUAUAGAGAACCAAACAGCUGCCAGGCAAGGGCGGCUCCGAGACGAAUUUUCGGUGGGGGCCAUUGCCUUUAGCUAUUCUCUUUUUAGCAUAUUUUUUUGAAAAUAAGGCUCAUAAAUCGUAAGAAUUUUCAUCUCGGGGGGGCUCCCAUAGCCCCCCCACCCCCUGGAGCCGCCCUUGUUGCCAGGUAACAGUAGCGCGCUCGGGCCGGGCAGGUAUUUUCUGAUGCGCUGAGUCAUGUAUGAUGCGCGGUUACUCAAACCGCUGUAUCUUCGUUAGUUUUGCUCCGAUUCAUCUCAAGUUUUCACACAAUAUUCUUGAAAGGUUCUCCAUUCUCAAAAUCAAAUAUUAGAAAAUACAAAAAAAAAUUUAACUACUUUAUUCCCCCCUAAUUAAAUUCCUCCUAACUUAAUAAAAUAUUGAUUUACCAAUCACUGUCAGAGAUACUUGUAAAGUACUCUUUUACGAAUUGUCUGUCAAUUUGAUUACUUUAGUUUAACAGCGUGAUUACCUAAUCACAAAAUUAAGAAGCUUGCAAAGUACCGGACUAUAUAUUUAGUUAUGAUUGAUUCUAUAUUAAAAUAACUAAUUGUAACAAUAAUAAAAGAUAUAAAAAUGAGAAAUUCAAGUCAAAUUUUUUUUUUAUACAUAUCGUGCCUUAAAUUUUGCUAUCUUUAAAUUUGCAUUUAGUUCUUCCAAAGUAAAUAAUGUUCUAUAAUUCUAAGUAUUUUUUAAUUUAAGCUAUCUACGGGUAAAAAUUAAAUACCAAAACAACAUUUUCUACGAAGAUUUUACAAAAAAAUAUUGCAUUUAGUAAUGCUAAUAAAAAAAUUAAGAUCGGUUAUUUCUGCAAUGGGUAAAUUAAAAAUAUUUUAGAAUUAAGCAUUUUCUGUAUCUAUUAAAUAUUAUUUGUUUUUUUCUUUCUUGACUGUGUGUAUAUUUUUUUGAUUUAAAUAUCAUAGAAAAACUUGUACCAUAAAUAUUGUAGCGGGGUGUCUACUAUCUAGUCUGUUUUGUACAGGAAAAAAUAAAUGUAAAUAAUUAUUUAAUCAUAAGUAGUACGUUUUGUAUAUUUUAUAUAAAAUAAAUAUUAUAGUUAAUUAUAGUUAAAAUAUUAAAUAUUACAGUUUUUCUAUGAUACAAAACUGUCAUACAUGGUAUUUUAUGUGCACUACAUUGUAAAGGUGAAUGAUUUUUUAUUAUGUAUUGCAUAAUAAUACGUCAAAAAUGUAGUUGAUAAAUUAAAAGCCCAAAAUAUUUUCCCAAAAUCCUGAAAAAAACUAAAGGUUAUGUUGUUAUAAAAUGAAAUGAUAUGCAGAUAUUUCGAGGUCAUCUUUAAUUUUCUUAGAUCCCAUCAUGUAACUUUCUAAUAUUGAGUUUUUGUUCAUUUCUAGAUUACUAUGCGUCCAAGUUUAGUUUACUGUAGAAUAUUUUCAAAAUAUUCUUUGUCACGCUUUUUAAGUCACUGUCUGAUUAAAUUUCAUUUUUGUAAAAUAUUCUUAACAGAAGGAACAAUUUAAUAAAUAUUUAUUUUAUUUUAAUAAAAAUUAAAAAAGUUCAAAUAAAUAAUUUCUGGACUUUUAAAAUAAAAAUAUCCAAUGUAAUAAGAAAGGAAACUUCAGUAAACAAAAAAUCGUUUAAACAUUUUGUAUCUUAAAUAAAAAAUCAUUUACCGAACAUUCACAAGAUGUUUUCUCAUGUCAAAUUUUUUGCUGUUCUCUGAUUUAAAAAAAAACUAUUGCUUGGAAGUGUGUAAUUCUGUAUUUCUUAGUAUUAUUUGUUACCAUGCAUUACUGAAACGAAUAGAUUGUUGGUUUUAUUUUUUGCUAGAAAAUUUGUUAGAUAAAUCGUGAGAGUGCCUUAGCACCAAUAUUGACUGUUAUUUUUGUACCAAUUUACUGGUAAAUUGUAUAUUUAGCACUGUGUUAUUAAAAAGGUUAA